UAUAAACCCCGUCAAGAGGUUUAAUACGUUUCCGCCAUUACUGUUUCUCCCAUACGUACCUCUCGCUGCCUCUCUCUCUCUCUCCUUUCUCUCUCUAUAUAGUCUUCUCUCUUCAUCCUUGCCACUGUAACUCUCCUUUUCCGUCGAUUCAUAUUUAAAGUUCACAUAUACAUACAUAUCGUCGGCAGAUCAUUCUUUUCUCAUGUGAUCACCGUCAUUUCAUCCACAUAAAUCUCAGUCGCCGCAAAGCCGAUCAUCUCAGAAUCGAUUUUUCAAAGAUCAAGGAUUGAUUUUGUGAUCGGCAUUGAUGGCGUCGAGCACGAUCAGGAAGGCGAUAGGGGCGGUGAAGGAUCAGACGAGCAUAAGCCUAGCCAAGGUGACCGGCAACGUUGCACCGGAUCUCGAGGUUUUGGUGGUGAAGGCUACCACUCAUGACAACGAGGCUGCAGACGACAAGUACGCAAAGGAGAUACUGAAUUUGAUGUCAUGCUCAAGGAUAAACGUGAACGCUUGUGUGUUUGCAGUUUCAAAGAGACUGAGCAAAACUAGUGACUGGAUAGUGGCCUUGAAGGUUUUGGUGCUUGUGCACAAGCUGUUGAAUGAAGGAGGCAUUGUUUUUAGACAGGAAAUGCUGUUUGCAAGCAGGAGGGGGGGCAGGGUGCUUAACAUGGCCAGUUUUCGCGAUGAUCCACACUCUAGCUCGUGGGAUCAGUCCUCGUUUGUGAGGGCCUACGUGUUGUAUUUGGAUCAGAAGCUUGAGACCGUGGCGUAUGGGAGGAAGAAUCUGAGUGUUGGCGAUGAUGGUGAGGGAUAUGGGAGAGAUGAAGAUGGUUUUAGGAGGGCUAAGUCGUGUGAUGACUUGAGUGAUUCGAGGAGGGAGAGGAAUGUGGUGAUGUGGCUCAAGGAUUUGUCACCGGAGAGGGUGUUGGAGAGGCUGAACCAGCUGCUUCGCCUCCUUGACCGUUUCUUGGCCUGUAGGCCAACGGGGGCUGCAAGGAGCACGAGGAUGGUGCUCGUGGCUCUGCACUUGCUGGUGAGGGAUAGUUUUGGGCUUUAUGACGACAUAUGUAAUGUGUUGAAGUAUCUGCUUGUGUGUUUCUCGGAUUUGGAGUAUGCUUACACUAUCAAGGCUUUUGAUGCUUAUGUGAACGCUGCAAAGAUGAUUGUUGACCUCAGUGGCUUCUAUGAUUGGGUUAGGGAAGUAGGGAUGGUGAGGGCUUCUGAGUUUCCCCAAGUGGAGAAGAUCAGUGAUCAGCUUCUCGGAUCCCUCGAGGGGCUGCUGAGGGAGAAAGCGGAUAGGCCGAAAAGCCCCAAGGAGGAAGGAAGUUUCUCACACAUCAACGAUGAGAGAGAAGUAGAGGGAAGUAUGAGUGAGGUCAAAGCACUCCCCCCACCGGAGCCACGGAUGGCGCAAGACCUAGUGAAUCUUGAUGAUGGUGUAUCAGUUGAUCAAGAAAGCAAUAAGUUGGCAUUGUCUCUGUUUUCUGAGUGGGUUGAAUUCCCAGAAAAUGGAGAGGGUAAAGUGAGUUCGACUUCAGCAUGGGAGAACCCUGCAGCCGAGAGAGGGAAGGCUGAUUGGGAGGCAGUUCUGGUGGAAUCAGCAAGCAACUUGUCAAUGCAGCAGGCUGAGAUGGGAGGAGGGUUGGACCCCUUGUUGCUCAACGGCAUGUAUGAUCAAGGGGCGGUGAAGCAGCACGUUGAGGCAUCUCGGAUGAGUGGUGGGAGCGCGAGCAGUGUAGCAUUGAAUGGAGGGACAGCAGAGGUGCUGUCAUUGCCCCCGGCCCCUGAUCAUGGGCAGCAGGACCCCUUUGCCGCGUCCCUCUUGGUGCCUCCGCCAUCAUAUGUGCAGAUUGCCGACUUGGAGAGGAAACGGGAGCUGCUCACGCAAGAACAGCAGCUGUGGCAGCGCUACGCGAGCAACGGGACACAAGGGCAGUUGAUCUCUGCUAUGCCUUAUGCAAUGCCGCAGCAUGUUGGGUUGGGGCAGCAGCAGGGGGCUUACUACUGAAGUGGUUUAUAUUGCUCUUUCUUGGUAGCUUUGGUUUUUUCUUUUUUUUAAAAAAAAUCACACUUUUUUUGUGGGAUGGAAAUAAUGUUGAUUCCGUUUUGGCAUCUUCGUGGUUGCAGAUGCUAGGUAUUUGAUUGUUGGACAAAGGAAAUAUAGUCGUGUUUCAAUAAAAUGUGUGAUUAAUUUUGAAAUA